AUGAACCCGUGGAAAACAGUGUUAGCACCCUCAUGGCGAAUCUUGCGACGUUACAACCACAUUUCGUCCAAGACGGUUUCAUCUCUUCAACAAAGACUAGACGACAUACCGCUCGAAAACUAUAGAAACUUCUCCAUCGUGGCCCAUGUUGACCAUGGAAAAUCUACUUUGAGUGACCGUCUGCUGGAAUUGACAGGUGUCAUCAAAGCUGAUGAUGCAAGUAAGCAGUUUCUGGAUAGACUGGAAGUUGAACGGGAACGCGGUAUCACUAUCAAAGCUCAAACUUGCACUAUGUUCUACUACGACAAACGUAGCAAAAAAGACUACCUAUUACACUUAGUCGAUACACCGGGUCAUGUCGAUUUUCGCGCUGAGGUUUCUCGGUCAUAUGCUUCCUGUGGAGGCGCGUUACUACUCGUCGAUGCAUCACAAGGUGUUCAGGCCCAAACUGUAGCCAAUUUUUAUCUGGCAUACAGCAUGAAUCUCAAACUUAUACCAGUAAUCAACAAAAUUGACCUGGAUAGCGCCAAUAUUCCACAGGCAGAGGCUCAAAUUGAGAACACAUUUGAGCUACCGAAGGACGAAAUCGUUAGGGUAAGCGCCAAGACAGGUCUCAAUGUCAAAGAUCUUUUGCCUUCGAUCGUCGAUCGGAUUCCACCGCCCACUGGAAAAAUAGAUAAACCCUUUCGUGCGUUACUGGUAGAUUCGUGGUACGACUCGUACCUGGGUGUGGUACUUCUUGUCAAUAUCGUAGAUGGAACUGUCAAAAAAGGCGACAAGGUACUAAGCGCCCAAACCAACAAGAAAUACGAGGUCAAAGAACUAGGUAUUAUGUACCCUGACAAAAUUCCAAUGGGGAAAUUGAAAACUGGUCAAGUAGGGUAUCUUGUACUUGGAAUGAAAGCAUCAAAAGAUGCCAAAAUUGGUGAUACGAUCUUACAUCUUGGAAAGGAAAGUAUUACUCGGGUUCUGGACGGGUUCGAAGAGCUCAAACCCAUGGUAUUUGUUGGGGCCUUUCCUGCCGAUGGUACUGAUUUCAAAAGUUUGGAUGAUGACAUCAGUAGACUCAUUUUGAAUGACAGGUCGGUAUCGUUGCAACGAGAGUCAUCCAAUGCGUUGGGUCAAGGUUGGAGACUCGGUUUUCUCGGCUCACUACAUGCGUCGGUGUUCAAAGAUCGAUUGGAAAAGGAAUAUGGGUCAAAGCUGAUCAUCACUCAACCCACUGUACCAUAUGUCAUUAAAUUCACGGACGGUCAGGAAAAGGUUAUCACGAACCCCGACGAUUUCCCUGAUCUAUCUCUGAGGAAGACUCGCAUCCAUUCUCUUCAAGAACCAUAUGUCGAAGCGAUUAUUACGCUUCCUCAGGAGUAUCUUGGGCCUGUAAUAAAACUCUGCGACAACAACCGCGGGAUACAGAAGGAAAUCACUUACUUGAAUGUCACAGGGCAGGUUUUACUGAAAUACGAACUCCCAUUAGCACACCUGGUGGAUGAUUUUUUCGGUAAACUCAAAUCGGUUUCCAGGGGUUAUGGUUCUUUGGAUUAUGAGGACAUCGGUUACAAACCCUCAGAUAUUGUAAAGCUGGAACUAGUGCUUAAUGGUAAAAGUGUGGACGCCCUGGCACAAGUAAUGCACAAGAGUCAAGUUGAGAAAGUGGGUCGAGAAUGGGCCAAAAAAUUUAAGGAAUACGUCAAGUCUCGACUUUACGAAGUUAUCAUUCAAGCAAAAGCGAACAACAAAGUAAUUGCAAGAGAAACCAUAAAGGCCCGCAGAAAAGACGUUCUUGCUAAGCUACAUGCAUCUGAUGUAUCUCGAAGGAAGAAGCUACUGGUCAGACAAAAGGAGGGGAAGAAACAGAUGAAGAGCGUGGGCAACGUCCACAUCAACCAGGAAGCCUAUCAGGCAUUCUUAAAAAGGUAA